CUGGCCGCGUCCCAGUCUGAGAGAAGGAACACACACCGGACUGCAACUGAACCAGAGCUGUUAUUUACUGAAGCAGGAGAGGAAACAUGGCUUUUAUGCGGCUGUUGUUUCUGCUGUUACUAGAUCCCGGUUUUGUGGCUCUAAUGAGAUCUCCAUUGGACCGGGAAUUAAAUCACUCCGGAGAUGAAGUAAUUGCUGAGCAUUUCCCCCCGGAAGUUACAGUGAGUGGUCGCCUACCUCGCUCACCUGUUCUCCCAGAUAUCACUCACCUGGAACUGCUGGUGGUGGUUGGACCGGACGUCCAGCAGGUCCACAUGCAGGACACUGAAAGAUUCGUCCUCACCAACCUCAAUAUAGCGGCGGAGCUGCUGAGAGACACGACGCUGGGCGCCAACAUGAGGGUGCACCUGGUCCGCAUGAUCAUUCUGUCAGAGCCGGAGUCAGAGAUCCAAAUGUCCGCCAAUAUUACGUCGUCCCUCAGGAGCGUGUGCGAUUGGGGCCGAAGGAUCAACCCUUCAAAUGAUACAGAUCCUCUUCACGCUGACCUCCUUGUGUACAUAACAAGGUACGACUUGGUGCUGCCGGAUGGCAACAAGCAGGUCAGAGGUGUGGCCCAGCUGGGUGGAGCCUGCUCCGGGGAGUGGAGCUGCGUGAUAGCAGAGGACACCGGAUUCGAUCUCGGGGUCACCAUUGCCCAUGAAAUCGGCCACAGUUUGGGCAUCAACCAUGAUGGAGAAGGAAACAGCUGCAGCAGUGGAGGCUUCAUGAUGGCGUCGGAUGGAGGAUACAACAGCGUGGACCUCACCUGGUCAUCGUGCAGCCGACAGCAGCUCAUGGCAUUUUUCAACGAAGGGAAGGCUGAAUGUGUAAAAGAUCUGCCGGCUCUGGGAGGAUCUCUGCAGGACUGGAAGCCCGGUCUGUACUAUGGAGUGGAUGACCAGUGUCGGAUCGCUUUUGGGAGGAAAGCGCGAGCCUGCACCUUCACCCAUCCUGACCUACCCGUGUGUCGGGUUCUGUCCUGCCAUGUGAACCCAGAUGACGACAGCACUUGCAAACGCCUCCUCAUCCCCCUGUUGGAUGGGACAGAAUGCGCCCCUCAUCAAUGGUGUCUGAGGGGGCGCUGUGAGUCGCCGGGCCGGCUUGGUUUUGCCGCAGUGGUGCACGGCUCCUGGUCCAGCUGGACAGAGUUCUCCCCCUGCUCGCGGACCUGUGGCGGGGGAGUCACACAUCGCACACGCCAGUGCAACAACCCCAGACCAGCAUUUGGAGGGAACGACUGCAAUGGACCUGACGUUGAAGCUGAACUUUGCCACCGGCAACGAUGUGACAGCUCCCAACUGGACUUCAUGGCCGACCAGUGCUCUCAGACCAACCACCAGCCGCUCUACCUGCAACCAAACACUGCCUCCUUCUAUUCCUGGAUCCCAGCCGUUGGCUUCACGCGAGGAGAUGAGCAGUGCCGACUCAUGUGCCAAGCGAGGGGGGAGAACUUCAUUGUGAGUCGAGGCUCUCAGUUUGUGGAUGGGACUCGCUGUGAGUCAGAGAGCAUUCCACCUUUCGGUUCCACAGCUGUGUGUCUGAGGGGCAAAUGUCAGCUGUUCGGGUGCGACGGCCUUCUGCACUCCAGGAUGGUGGAGGACGUGUGUGGCGUUUGUGGCGGGGAUGGGUCGUCCUGUGCUGCUACCUCUGGAUCCUACACUGAAGGUCGAGCCAGAGAGUACACCACCUUUCUCUCGCUGCCUCUAAACGCCACACAAGUCCAUGUCAUCAACAAGGCUCCUGUCUUCACUCACAUGGCUGUGAUGUUCGGGGAUCGCUAUGUUGUGUCUGGAAUGGGGACCAUGGAAUUGAAUGUGACCCACCCGUCUCUGCUGGAUGACAGCAGGCUGCUGUACCGCCUUUAUCUGAGCCCUGACCUGCUGCCUGAGAUGGAGGAGCUGAUUCUUCCUGGACCGGUGCUGCUGCAGAAUAUAAAAAUUCAGGUUUAUCGGAAAUAUGGAAAGGAAUAUGGAGCCAAGACUAACCCAAAUAUUACCUACCAGUUCUAUGCUCCUGUCAACACUGAAGUGGCAGACAUGACACCGAAAGGCAGAUGGGAUAUCGUCUCCUCCCCCUGCUCUGUGUCGUGUGGCUCCGGCGUACAGACACACGUGCGCGUGUGUGUAGACACAGAUUCUAAGGGCAGAUUGGAGGAACAUCACUGUGACACGUCUCCUCCGUCUGUAGCGCUCCAAACCACGUGCCGGCUUCAGCCCUGCCCCCCCAGUUGGGAGACAGGGCAGUUUGGUCCCUGCAGCGUCUCCUGCGGCGGAGGCGAGAAAGUGCGCCCUGUAUUCUGUGUCCAAAAUCAUGAUGGUGACCUCAGAAAAGUCCCAGAUUCUGACUGCCCUGCUGAAUCUGCUCCAAAAUCGAUAGAAAAAUGUAACAUACACGUGUGUCCGGCCAGGUGGCGUGUUAUGGACACUGGUGAAUGCUCAGCAGUGUGUGGACCGGGAGAGAUGAAACGCACCACGUCAUGUGUGAGGACCUCGGACGCCCAGGAGGUUGAGGUCGACCCGAGCUUUUGUUCGAAGCUGGCGAGACCGUCUGAAUCCGUGCCAUGUGUGGUCGACGUCUGCCCUGUAGGGUGGGAGUCCAAGAAAGAGGAACAGCCGACCUUUAAGUCUGGACCGGUGCAAAGCUCCGCAAAAGAGCGAGUGUAUGUGUGGAGUCCAGUGGUCAGUGGGUGCUCCAAGACAUGUGGCAAUGGAACCCUGGAGGUGUGGUUCACCUGCGUGGACCAUCAGACAACACUGGGGAUGCCCGACUUCUACUGUGAUGCUUCCACUAAACCUGCCCCUCAUUCUGAGCUCUGCAGCACGUUUCCUUGCCCUCCAACAUGGCGGUUUAAGCUCGGAGUCUGCAGCUCAACCUGUGGAGGAGGGGUGGCCAACAGGGUGCUUUACUGUGCCACAGAGAUGGAGGGAGAAGAGAAGGUUCUGGAUGAUGCCAAGUGCAGCGCCUCACCAAAACCUGCCGCAGUGGUGUCAUGUAAUACCCACAGUUGUCCGGCAAGGUGGAGGGUGGUGAGGACUCUACCUUGCUCUGUGACGUGCGACCUGGGCGUUGCUCUGAGGGUUGUGAGCUGCAUGCAGUUUGUAAAUGGGAAAGAAGCUGUAGUGGCUGAGGAAACCUGCAAGGCGAAGGUCAAACCGGCUACCUCGGUGCCAUGUCUGGUGCAGGUGUGCACGCUCAGGUGGGAGGUGAAGCCCUGGAGCAAGUGUUCAGUUACCUGCGGCUAUGGGAUCCAGUCCAGAGCCGUGUCCUGCAUGGGUCCCUCCAAGCCAGAGCCCCUCAGCCCGCUCCUUUGCAUGCACUUGCCCAAGCCCAUUACCAUCCAGGGCUGCUCCAUGGACGGCUGUGAAGACGUGCGACCCACCUUGGUCGUUCCUGAUGGAGAAGCUUCUAUAUUGCCAACCCAGAUCUCGAAACUUGAACCCGUCACAGAGGCUGUCACUCCCUUAUACUCCACAACCAGUCCUGCACCUGGACCCAGGGCAUGUGGACGGCUGCUGGUGGAGGAAUCAGGCACAGUGGACUUGAGAAACGCAACAGGACGCUGCAUGGUAGCUAUUGGUCGACCUCUGGACGAAAUCCUUCUCAUCAAAGUGGAGUCUGGGACCCUAGACUGUGUUAAUAGUGAAUACGUGGUGUUCUUUGACCGCCUAGUGUUUGUGAAGAAGUGUGAACAGGUCGCUGGUAGUGAGCUGACAAGCAGAACCAACUUCCUGCUUGUGCGUCAGCAUCUGCUCACUUCUGGAAAUGGAGUAGUUUUCACCUAUACGUCAAAGAAAAACCCCAAAAAAGGCCAUCACCAAGACUGCGACGUGCAAAUGUUUUCCCCCAGCGGUGCGUUCGAGAACCCAACAAUCUCUGGCACCAACCACACCUGCCGAGUGCUCAUCAACGCCCCUCCUUCGGUCAGGAUCAGAAUCCACGCUGUCCACAUUGCGUCCAACGUCACCGACCGCCACUCGACCUUCAUCAUGAUCCGAGACAUGAACAUGCUGAAGACCAGCGUGUUCAAAGGACCAGAGUUGUUUCAGUGGCAGUCUGCCGGGAAUAUGGCGGAGAUUGAGUUUCACGGCGACUACUUGCGGUCCAAAGGGAGCUUCAGAGCUGAGUACAUGUUCAGACACCUUUGACAUCAAGACUGUGCAGACAGCACUCAGUUUAAAUUUACGAUUAUUUCUUUCUUACCUCAAUGGAAAAGUAGGGUUGCUGUGUUUUACAAUAAACAUGAGACCACAAGUGUUAUGUUUGUAGUUUUAUAUAU